UGUUGCUGAUACUUCGAGAGACGGAAUAGAGAAGAAAUUGCACGAACUGAUGAUGAAAUUGUUGUGGUGCUGAUGAAAUUGAGAAUUUCAGAAGACAAAUCCAGUAAACGAAGAAUCCGAGAAUCACACAGAUAGGGUUUGUAUAUGGGCGAAAUUGUGAAGCUGAGCUAGGGUUCUAAACAUAAUCAAAUUGAGCAUAAUUUCAUGGGUUCGUGGAUGAAGGUGAUAUCUCAAGGAAGAAUUAGGGUUCAGUGUUGUUUCUUUCAAGAGAAGGAAUAGAUUUAUUCAAGGGUUUGAUAAGAUCUGAAGCUGGAAGAGAAAGGUUGUCUGUGUUGAAUUCAUGGCUUUUUGGCUGAAUUCGAACUCUCAAUCGAAUAUUCACGUGAAUGAAGAACCUGAAGGUCAGGGUUAGUGGUGGAUAUUUUUUGAAAGGGAUUAGAUGUAUGUUAGGGUUUGUCUACUGGACUGUAUCAAUGGGGUUUGAAUGUGGAAUUUGAAUGGAAGAAGCUACAAAAGAAAGUUGGGUUUUAGUUCGAUUUGCAACCAGUAAGGACAUCGGGGAGAAGAUGAAAAUUGUAAUCUGGGUUUCUGAGAUUCAAUUGAAGCAAACUUGGGGUUUGUAUGAAUUUGAGAUUGUUUGAGUCACUGGUGAAUUUUAGAGAUGCCACAUAGUCUUUGUGGGCCGGGCCGGUCCUGCACAGGGGAAGACGGUCCUGACUAGUAUAUAUAUAUAAUGAUAAGGGAAGAUCUUAUCGGAUUGAAACAUCGUUUUCCUCUUCUUCUCCCAAAAUUUCCUCGGCACCAUCGAAACCAAAAACAUCACAGAAAAUCAAUCGAAUCCCAAAUCAGAGUCCGAAUCCUGGAAAACACAAUGUCUCCGAACCAAAGCUUACUGUUAGAAGAAACACAAGAAGAUAUUUCAUCAGAUCCCAAAACCCUAAGCCUUUCAUCAGCAUCAUCAUUAGGUAUAAUUACUCAUGGUUCCAAACAGAUGAGUUUUUCAAUUUCAAGUCCAGAGAAAUCGAAUUUUUGCCAAUCGAUUUCCUUCUACCGUUUUGCUUCAAAUUGUUUACAGCAUUGUAUUAACGAGAAAUUGGGCAAGUGUGGUGGAGGGUUUGUUUCAGAUGAUCCAGGUGAAGUGAUGGUGAAUUUCAUUCGGUCUAUAAAUACUGGGCAGAAGAAUAAGAUGUAUGAUGAUUACAAUUCGUCGAAUUUUCAAGUGGUUCAAUCUGCUCAACUUGAUGCGGAGAAGAAGGGUUGGGUUACUGCAAUGGUGAAAUUGCAAUUUAAUAAAGACGGUGUUGCUCAUGUUUAUUUUGAAGCUUUUAAUUUGAGUGAUAAUGGUGCUUUGAAGACGUUUAAACAAGGGUGGUUUCAUUUUCAUCCUAAGAUUUCCAAGGAUACUGUGUUAGGUGGUGUGAGAGGUACUAAGGGAUUUCUUAAUGGUUUCUUCUUGGUGGUGGUGGGAAAGAAUCAUCAGGAUUGUGAUUAUUCGAGUCUUCUGUCACUAAAGAGAAAGAGCAGCAGCCGCGAUUGUUGGUUGAGUCCGCCUAUGGAGAUAUUAACAAGGUAUGAUUUUCACCAUGUUGUAUCGACACACUAUUAUCCUGGUACGUCAAGGCCGGAGACAGCCAUAGAGGUUAUUAGCACCAGCUGUCUCGGUGUUUCCAAUAAUUCUUUUGGCAUCGGUGUUGGUACUUUUCCUUGUAUUGGCGAUGAUGUAAUGGUAGAGAUACUAAGCAGACUGCCGGUGAAAUCACUAAUGCGGUUCAAGUCAGUUUGUAAGCAUUGGUUGUAUUUGAUUAAACAAGAUAAAGGCUUGAUUGAUUUACACUUCAACCAUUCAAAAUCACGUCCGCGUCUCCUCUGCAUAAACCCAUUGCAAGAAAAAGGCGUCCUUCGCACUGGCUAUGACGAAGGCUUUGACGUAAGCAGAGCGCUGCGUCAAAGUAUUUCUUUUGCAGAGAUAGUUAACCGCAGUGGCGGUAAGGAUGAUGUGGAGGCCAUUAUUAGCAAGAUUAGGAUAACCGAUGAUGACUGGUUCCUUUAUGAUGAAGUCUUAGGACCAGUAAAUGGUUUACUUUGUUUCGUAGAUAGGAAGACAUUUGGUGUUAGGGUAUACAAUGCUAGUACACGAGAAUUGACACCGUGGGUCAAAUCAACAUUACUCGCAGAAGAAAAGGACAAGCUCCAUAAUAAAGACGGCACAAUUAAGAUAAAAACUCAUCAUCGUCCGAUUUAUCACUUUGGGUUCGAUCCUGAGAAGAAGGAAUAUAAAGUUUUCUGCUUUUGGAGACUAUCUGUUAGAACCCCAGGCUAUCGUUGGCAUACCUUUGAUCGCCCUGAUUAUGCAAGAUGGGAGGUGUUGACUCUUGGCCGUGACACUAAAUGGCGAAAGAUCAAUAUGGUUCCUGACAAGAACAACAAAACAAUUAUCAAUGAGGUGCUCUCUCCGUAUGACGUUGGAGAACAGGCGUUGUAUGCGGAUGGUACUUUGUACUGGAGAAAUAAGAUCAAUUUUGCGGGUCAAUGGGGUGAUCCCGACGUCAUAGUUGCAUUAGAUGUUGGAAGUGAGAAGUUUAGAGUUAUUCCUAUUCCUAGUUUCAUUCUUGAUGAGCCUCAUCAACGAUUUUAUAGGCGGCCUGUUGACAUGCUAAUGCUGGGUGGACGUGUAGCUCUAUUAUUCCGAAUGGAACCUCAAGUUUAUAAGUUAUGGAUGUUAGAUGACGGAGUGGACAACAAACUGAAGAAUUGUCAAGGAAGCGAAAGUAACUGGAGUGGAGAGACUAUUCAGUUACCUUUUUAUACUGAUGCACGGGUUCGUGGUUUCGUAGUUGGUGGAAGUACUGAAAAUAUAGUCUUGGAGCGCCACAACCUCAAAAGACAAGAAGGUAUUUAUGCAGACUUUGUCAGUCUGUAUUCCUAUGAUCGCAGGAAAGGAUCUUGUAAGAAGAUUGAGAUUGACGGAGUCUCCUUGUUUCCCCUGCGCUCCUCCUCACGCUCCCUAAUUACAAGUUUUACUGAAAGCCUCUAUUCAGUCACCUGAAAAUAUUGAAGAAAAAAAAGCGCCAGCAGCAAUCUCUCAUUGCCUAAUGUUUAGGGGCCUGAUUCUCCAGACUUUGAACCGCAUGCUGCAUCUGAAUGUUAAUAAGCACAGCAGGGGAUGAGGUAGCCAGGAUGUUAUGAUGGCGCAGCCAGACUGCAAGUCAAGUCACUUGAUGAAUUUCCGAGCGCAGAACUGUCACUACCACCGGUUGGAGAAGGCAGAUUGUGCUGAUUUAAUCCAGGCCUCGAUGUUUAAUGUCUCCUUACAUUAGACUUUUGAGAUGGAGGUGUUCUAGCUUUCCAAAUUGGAAGGAGCGGAGGGAUCAAACCCGCAUUUUGAGGUCCUGAUAAAUCAAUGUUGCUUUUCAGAGGCCAAGUGUGCAUUGCUUUCAAUUGGGACAUGACAUACUCGUUACCCAUCACGUUUUGUCUGAGCUUGUGGAUCCUGAUCGAACAGGCGUCAUCUUGUUUGAUGGUAUCAAGUGCCCAAUCCCUGCAACCUGCGAUGGAGGCUUUGACGCAGAACCUUGUGAUUGGUUAGCUGCCUGAGGAGAUGCAGGCUCCAGCAUUCUUUGACUGUAUGCACGCACGUAUCCUGCUCCUUACCCCCAUUGGAGGGCCCAACAUCCCCAUUUUACCUUGUUGAUUCUGUUGUUGUGCUUGCAGCAAAUUACCUGUGCCUGUGCUUGUUGUGCUUCCAGAAGUGCCGAGCUUGAGAACUUUCCACUCCAGCCGGUGAACUCUUUGCUUGUGCAGAGUAAUCAACACCAUGGCAUGUAUUUGCGGAACACUGCGAGGCAUUCCAUUCAAGAUAGGCUGUUGAGGGGUCUGAUUCUCCCGACUUUGAACCGCAUGCUGCAUCUGAAUGUUAUUAGGCAUAGCGGGAGAUGAGGUAGUCGCAAACCAACCAGGAUCUAGUGACGGCUUGAUGAAUUUCCGUGUGCUGAACUGUCACUGCCAACUGAUGGAGAAGGCAGAUUGUGCUGAUUUAAUCUAGGCCUCGAUAUUUGAUGCCGCCUUACAUUAGACUUCUGAGAUGGAUCUGUUCUAGCUUGCCAAAUUGGAAGGAGUUGAGGGAUCAAACCGGCAUUUUCAGGUCGUGCAUAGUUUUCAAUUGGGAAAUGGCAUACUCUUUACCCAUCAUCUUGUUUUGGAUGCUUGUCUGAGAUUGUGGAUACUGAACAGGCCUCAAUCAUCUUUGAUGUUCAAUACUAACUUUCAUAUGAA